AGAGACAAACCUCCCUUCUCCGCACCCAUCUCUUUUAUUCUUUCUCUUUCUUUGCUCUCUCUCUCUUGUUCUCGCAAUUUUAGCUCCUUCUCUCGUCUGUCCGUCUGUCACAUUUCCAAUGACUUUGUCUCCCUGAUCCGAUUCUCUACGCUUUCUGCUUUUAUUCUUUCUUCCUUGCAUCACAAACAAAAAUUCUCCUUUGUUUCCUGUUCGGCUCUUCCCCCUUCCAGCACAAAGCUCAUCAGAUCUCUGUAUCAUUCAAUUCACUCAUUCAUCACUUUUCCUUGGAUAUUGCAACCCUGUUGGCGUAUUUCUGAUAAGCCCAGGAUAUUUAUACUUCUAUUAUCCAAGCAAUGUCCAAGCCUCCUUUGAAACCGGUUCUCCAAAAGCCACCUGGAUACAAAGACCCAAGCGCCCCGGCCGUCAAGCCUGGGUUUAGACCACCGCCACGAAAACCGGUUCUCCCACCUUCUUUCCACCCCAAGAAAAGGAGGGGUGGCUGUUGUCGCGUUUGCUGUUGCUGUUUCUGCAUCUUCUUUUUGAUCCUCAUUCUCCUCCUCCUCAUUUGCGGCGCCGUUUUCUACCUUUGGUUCGACCCGAAACUCCCCGGUUUUCACGUCCAGUCAGUCCGGAUCUCCCGCUUUAACGUCACCAACAAACCUGAUGGAACCUACCUCGACGCACAAACGACGACGAGACUCGAAGUGAAGAACCCCAACGCAAAGAUGACGUAUUAUUACGGCAAUACGGAGGUUGACGUCAGCGUUGGGGAGGGUGGGGAUGAGACUGAGUUGGGAACGACGACAGUUCACGGGUUCACUAUGGGGAAACAGAACACGACGAGUUUGAAAGUGGAGACAAAGGUGAUCAACAAGCUGGUGGAUGACGGGGUGGGUACUAGGCUUCAGGCUCGGUACCGAAGCAAGAGUUUACGAGUGAGCGUGGAGGCUCGGACGAAAAUUGGAUUGGGUGUGGCGGGGUUGAAAAUUGGUAUGGUUGGGGUUACCGUUAAGUGUGACGGAAUCGCCCUGAAACGGCUCGACGGCGGUGACAUGCCUAAGUGCGUCAUCAACAUGUUAAAAUGGCUCAACAUCCAUUGAUACUGUUCACAUGCAUGAAAGCUCCACAAAGGGUAGAAAGCCUAAUCGAUGAGACAAUUCUUCAACAUUUUGUAUCUACAUUGGAUUGUAGCUAGUUUUGGCUUCUUUUUUAUUUUCAUUUUUCUUUAGUUCUUAAUUUUUUUAUAUAUAAAUUACAAUAAUUAUUUUUACUACUAUCAUACAUUACAUAUACUUGUGGAAAAUGAAAAGGGAGAUCCAACCCCAAUUGUAUCAUUUCAUAUAACAGCCUAACGGGUUGUCCAUGUCUGAACUUUUGGCUUCUUCUGAUGUAAUGGGGUACAUAUACGUCCCAUUUUUUUAUUUAUGGGGUUGAAUUUAAGUAUUUA